UUUGUCAGAUUAAAGUUAUUUCUGUGACCAUUGUGAGUUUUUCUUUCAUUGACUGAAGGGUACCAACAAUUUUGUCCACGUGUGUAGCUAUUUACACUUGACAGGAGGGGCAAAUACCAGGCAAAAAUUAACUAUACACAAAUAUACACUGGAUUUAUCCAUUAAUACAGUUACCUCUUUUACCACUACAUUCUGUUUCAAAUUAGGUGGCAGUGGGCUUUUUAUUAUCAGCCUCUUUGUGUCUGUGAUCAGAAGGUUGCUAGUUCAAACUUGACCUUGGUCCAUGUGUGGGUCCUUGAGAAAAGCCCUUAACCUCUAGCUUCCUGGAUGCUACAGAAGGUGGUUGCCCUUCACUGCCAGCUUGAUCUCACCUAUAGAGAGUAAGAUGGGGGAGGCAAAAGAGAUCAAUAAAGUCUUUAUAAAAGAUAUAUUUGCAAACAAUAAUAGUGAAGAAACAAAGAUUGGUUAACUUUGUGUAAUAACAUGUAACAUUUUAUAUAAGAAACCAAAUACUUUUAAAACGGAAUUUAAUUUCUAUACCUUUACAGGUGCAAACUAUGAAACCUUUUUACUGGUGUUGUAACAUUUCAAUUCGAUUAAUCACGAUAAAAAAAAUAUAAUUUGAUGUCCCCAUUAACAGUUUUAAUUCAUUUGGAAAUGCUGGUCUUCUUGCUGUUCAAGGGGAUCUCCAUAUUUCCCAUAAAGGAAGUAACUGCUAAUAUGUUUACCAGUAUGACUGGUAAUUAUAUAACUGGGGAGUGAAGUAUUGUCAAAUGCCUUCCCUUCAAAAGUCCUAAGACGUCAAUCUAAAAUCUAUCAGUCACUGCACGUUCCUUCCUCAGCUCAAGUUUAAACUAUCACUUUAUCUAUUAUUUUUCUCGAGAUCGCGACUUAUUUUCUUGUGAUUUCGACAUAACCCAUGUCACUUUCCCAUGAUCUCGAGGUUUAGUAUUAUCCUCAUGGACGAAUGCGUCAGAUUUUACUUAGAUCGUGCAUGGAUGUCCCAAUCAGAAUCAGAAUCAUAAUCAAAAGACUUUAUUAAUCCCGGAGGAAAUUGUUCACAUUGCGACUGCGCAAUCACAUAUAAGUGGUUAUGUUGCACAUGUUUGUAAAACCAAGUUAGACUUCAAAUUGUGGGAAAUAUCGAGGUAUACUGCACCGAAUCAUGGAUAAGAGGAAUUAACACUGUCUGUCGGUGCUAGAAAAUUGUCAUAUUAGUGUUCGUCAUUUGAGAAGGAGGAUCAGAAAUUUACUGUUAUACCGUCGGAGAAAUCUGCACGAGUAGUCAGUUUCAUUACCAACUAACAGGAGAGUCCGGGACGUCUCCAUGUUUACUGGGUGAUGUUUGAAAGAUGUCGGCUUAAAAAAAUAAGAAAAAAUAAGUCGUGAUCUCGAGAUAACGAAAAGAAAAAAAAGUUUAUACAUGUCCUCUACAGACUUCCGUACAUUACGAAUAGAGCUAAGGUUGUUUUUCACUGACAAACUACUUGUUUCUCAUCUUGUGGGUGUCUUGUGGCUUCUGUCAUUUAUGGGCACAACUGAGACCAGUGAAAUGUAUAUACUUUUUGACAGAAUAUUCACUGUAAUGCGCGUUGUCAGUAGGCCACUAACAGAAUGCUACAGGAAAAGUGGUGUAUUUUCGGGUGCAUCAAAAUAAUAAGCAAACAGAUAGAUAAUGGAUGAGAAUAUACAUUUUGCAUUUUAGACACACCUUUAAAAUCGAAUACCUCGCAGGUGCAGGAAUCCGCAAUGUCGGCGUUUGUAAACACAUAAUGUGAGCUGCCGUGUAAAACCGUGCCAUUUUCAUACGCGGUAAACAGCUAAAAAUUAGAUUGCUAAAACUAAACUCGUUUACAGUAAAUGAUUCAAAUAGGCCUACGUGCGACCUUAUUUGAUCUGUUAUUUGCUUUCAUGUGGAGUCAGCCUACUUUCCGAAAGGAGGAGUUUAAAAAAUAUGUUUUUGAGCGACCUAGUUUGUCCCACAGACUGCUGGUCUUCUGAGAAAUGAACUAACGUUCUUUAAAGAUAGCACUCGUGGCACGAAGCUCAGUUGUGUGUUAAUGUGAGAAAGAAAUUUUCAUAAAUAUAUUUCAUGAAAUACCUUUGUAAUCGCACUCAAUAACAUUGGAGCAUAGAGAAUUAUUUACUCCUUAACAAUAAGAAGGGGAAAGUCAUCGACAUCCAUUUUGAGAAGAAUGAUAUACUGAGCUCAAAAUGCUACUGAUCCGUCAUUUGGAAGUGUAUUUCUUAAAACUAAAUGUUGGUUUAAUCCCUCUUUGUGGUGACACCAUCCGGAGACAUACAUGAGCAGCGUUCUUGGACCUGCGUGUGCAAUGCUCUUGCUGCUUUGUGUAUUAGCUUCAAAUGCAGUAACGGGGCAGUACAACAAGAUGCCAUCGAGGUUAGGUGGACCAAGACCCAACUUCACUGUGUCUGUAGACCCACCCAGUCGCUCUUUGACGGUCUAUGUGAAUGUGACAGCUGAGGUUAAUGUUCGGGUGAGAUUGUGCUACAGGCAGCGUGAGGAAAUCUGCGCCGAACACAACCCUCGAGUCAAAAAACUGGUGACUAAAGAGUCUCCAAGUGUCAGCCUCAGCUUCCCCAACCUGCUGCCCUGUCUCUGUGUGCAGGUGUACUAUGCACUCCCUGAUGCCGUUCGUACCACUGUGUGUCCCUUCAUGACCCUAGCAUUAGAUGGGGAAGAUGUGUGGCGCACCAGUGUCGUGACUGAAUUUGAUAUGAGCUUGAAGUGGCAAUCUCUAUGUCCCCACAAACCUGCUGCUUCUCUCUGCUGGCGAAUCCAGAAAAUACCGACCGACUGCCUGGCCAUUGCUAACUCCACCCUGCUUGCCGAUUCAAAUACCAACAAUCCUGUGAUACUGUACUAUAGCAUUUCUCAUGUGGACAAACACCCCAACAUGUGUGUGAAGCUGUCUCUAAACAGCAGUUCCCACGAAUACUGCAUCUUUAAGGAAGGUCAUACUAAAUGGAGCGCAGAGGUGGUCCCUGCCUCCCGACACCUGAAAGUAUACAUCUCAAGUGCAGUGCCAGCAUCAUUUUCCGCUCAGCUUUGUGUUAUACAGGGACAAGAGUGUGUGACCCAGGGUGCAGUCCACUCUGUCAGCAAGGAUAGUACCAAUAAAAAAGAAUUACAUCUCCCAUUCAUCCACCUCCAGGAGGAGCUGUGUGUGCAGGUCUGGCAGACAGACCCAUUACUUUACGGCUGGAGACUCUACUGUCCUUUCUCUUCACACGAGAGGUGGGGCCUUGUUGCUGUGGCAACAUCCAUAGUCAUAACAUCUGGAAUUAUUUUGGCAUACCUGAGUUACCUUGCCGCCCGAAGAAGACUCUCAGCUUGGCAGCUGAGCUGCAGGCCCGUCCUGCUGGUGUGCUCCUCGGAGCAGACAGAUCAGCUAUCUGCUAUGUGUGCUCUGGCCUCCAUCCUGCAGGGGGACCUGUGCUCCACAGUGCAUAUGGCACAUUUGGCACCAAGAGGCGGGGGUGUUGCUGACCUGGGGCCCCUGCCUUGGCUGUAUGGCCAGUGUGAGAGCGUGUUGGCCGCUGGGGGUCGUGUUCUGGUCGUUUGGAGCCCAGAAGGCAACUCAGCCUUCCAAGCCUGGUGUGGGCCAACUGCAGAAGGAACGGGAGAGAGAGAAAUGGAGAAAAGGAGAAAGGAGAAGAGUGAAGAAGAUGGUGGUCACAUGGAGCCCAGUGGAGUCACCACAUCUGUCCUGAGGGCAGCGCUGGCUUAUCUGCGGGGCCUGCUGCACGGCUAUGGACAGAGUCAUGGCUUUGCACUGGUGUGUUUUGAAGGCCUCUGCUGCAUCCAGGACAUUCCGAAGGAGCUUAAGGAGCUUCCGCGAUACCAGCUGCCCCGUGAUUUUAGGGCCCUGGUGAAGGAACUGCAUUACUGUCAGGCAGACAGCAGGUGGCGGUUUUGCCACAGACUGUUUUCCGCCGUGCAGGCAUACAGGGUGGCAGAUAGACUGGCACACAAGUUACAGCUGCACAUGCCAGCAGCAGAGGAUCAAAGGAGGAAAGCGGCAGCACUGCGUCUGGUCAGGCGAGCCAGACCGGAAAUAGCCAGGCCGGACUCGGCAAGGACACCAGUCACCAUCCGCUUAGGGAAGCCCCCAAAACCAGGAAUCACAGAUGUCACUGCUUUGACAUAAGAAGUCCAUUUGCUGUGGGUGGCAUGAAGCGUUAGGGUGUAUCCUUAAAGGUAACCUGUAAACUGGUAGAGCGAGGUUUGAGAAAUCACACUGAAACGUGUUCAUUAUGUCGGUAUUUGGGAGGGGAAAAGGCACUUUCAUUCAGAAGAGGCCUUCAGUGGUGUUUUCUUUUGAACGUAAAAAAAAAAAUGUCGAAGAUUACAUCAUGCAGACAAACUAAAUCCGUAGUUUGAAGAGAAUAUAUGCAGAUCCGUUGUCAGAAUUAGAGCACAGUUCAUACCUUGGCCGCUGUAAAUGGAGCUAAUGUAAAAAUUAGUGACGCUCUUAUGUAUCGAAUAUUGUUAGAAAAUUAAUAGUUAUAAACAAUAUUCAUAGAAGGAAAUGUAUCAAACACAUUUCACAUGGUUUGUCCGUUGUGUUUCCUGGAUAUUUGCGUUUGAGGAGUUUUUCAAAAUCAAUAUCUUCAGGCUUAAGGUCAAUACUUUUUUGUGUGUGUUGGAUUGUGUAUAUUGCAAAGCAUCCUUGGGAGUCAGAAAGGCACUAUAUAAAUAAAACAUUAUUACUUCCUGUUUA